AUGUCAGAUUCGCCUAGGCCCAGAGGAUUGAAUACUUCGAGUGUUGGGAAGUCCUCACCGGCUCGUGAAGUGGAUGUUCAUGCCGGUCGGCCCGCACAAGGGCACAGCGGUAAUCUGACUGGGAACCGUCGUAUAUUGAAAGACACCACAGCAGAUAUAUUCAAUCGUAUGCAGCAAUGGAAAAUCUACCAAGACAGGGGAUGUGUUGUGAUAUCAAAUAUAUUCAAUUUGCGAAUGGAAACGUCAAACAUUAGAUUUCCAGAUCAGCUUGAAGGUUUAGUGAAGGAACUAAAAAAACUUUGUGAGGAAAUGAAUGAUAUUGUUGAAGGGCUCAAAAUUAAACUAAAGAAUCUUACAGCUGUAUCAGUUUUAGAAAAAGGCAAUUCAACACCACUUUUCAUAUCAUGGACAACAGAACAUUUUUGUAAAGUAACUGAGAAAAUAUUAAGAGCUUAUCAAAGAGAACAGAAACUACAUCAAAGUCUUCUAUUGAGAAUAGCAGAUAACACGGAUCCUGAUAUUCUGUUAUUUUAUCUUUCAUGUUGGACAUAUCAACCAUAUUUAGAUCAUAGCAUAGAAAAAGAAUUACAUUGUAUGAUUAAAGAGACUAGACAUGUAUGA